AUGGGAAGAGAGCUAGAGGAGUUUCGAGCGAGCUACCAACAGGUGUGCGAGGAGAGGGACGCCUUAGAGGACCUGCUACUACAGGAACAGCUCAAGAAUGGCACCCCUGCUGACAAGCAGGUGGAGGAGGCGAGGGCACAAGCAGCAGCGCUGGAGAUGGAGCUGCAAGCCAUGGCCUCUCGCUGCGAGGAGUGGAAGCGCAGAGCGGGCGAGCGGGCGGCGGAGAUGAAUCCAGCCCUGGUGCAGGCGCUGCUGGAGGAGCGACUGGAGGAGCUCGAUGACUCUGGCGUGCUCGCCCUGCAGGUGGAAUGCGCUCGUCUGCGCGACGAGCUGGCAAAAUCUGAGGUGCUGCGCUUUGAGCUCUACCGCAGCCUGGAGCAGGGCGCAGUUGAAGUGGAGAGCCGGUGGGAGUCAGAGGCGUCUGGCAUGUCACCAGCGAGAGAAGGCAGCUUCAAGAGCAGAGACGCAGAGAGGCACAGCAAUGAAAGUGAUGAGGAUGCUCCAGGCCGAUCAACCACCCCUGUCAUGAUGGAGUGUGACGAGUCAGUGGUGCAGAAGCUUCUGGAGCUGGGGCAGGCGUCACUUACCCAGGAGGACGUCACUCGCCUCAUGGAGACCGUGGAGGCAGCGGAGAGGAGGGCAGAGCAGGCGGAGAGGGAGGCGGAGCAGCGAGCAGUGCAGGUGCAGCUGCUGGAGGCGAAGAUGACUGCCAUGAUGAACUCCAGUCCUAUGGACGAGCACAAGCGCUCCCCCUCCCUCGUGUCUUCCUCGCCCAUCUCCUUCCGCCUCUCCCCCGUGGCCUCCUCCUCCUCCCCUGACCCCGCCUCCCUCACUCGCUCCAGCAGUACCAGUGCCACCUCUCAACACAGCCAGCAGCAGCAGCAACAGCAAAUCCCCUUCCAACAGGAGCAGCAGGAGGCAAAGUCAAUACAGCUGAGUACGGGAGGAGACGGACGAGGGGAAAGAGGAGCAGGAAGAGUGGAAGGCGAAUCUAGAGAAGAAGCUUUGGGUCUGAAGUCAACUGGAAGAGCCGGGGUAAAAGGUGGCGUGGUGGCAGUAAGAAAGAGAGCGGAUGGCGGUCUUGGUGUGCGGAAACAACGGGCAGAGGCAGAGGAGGAGGAGCAGGGGAAGGAGGAGGGGGUGGAGGACCUGGAGGAGGAGGGGGAUGAGGCGGUGGAGGAGAUACGGCAGAUGGUGCAGAGAGUGCAGAGGCAGAACCGGAUCACCCAUGUGCUUCUUUCUGUGGUCGUUGCCGUCUCUAUUCCACCUCUUGUGGCCUUGGUUCGGGGGUGGUUCGGUGGUUGGGGUCGGCGGUACGAGACUAAGAGGCCGGGGACAGAGCCGGCUCCGAAGCAGGGUGCACGGGUUGCGAUUCGGAGCAAGUAG